AGUGGAAUAUCUCUUUCUCAUAAUUUUUACUGUGGAAGCAUUUUUAAAAGUAAUAGCCUAUGGACUUCUCUUUCAUCCCAACGCUUACCUCCGCAAUGGGUGGAACUUACUAGAUUUUAUCAUUGUGGUUGUAGGGCUUUUUAGUGCAAUUUUAGAACAAGCAACCAAAGCAGACGGGGCCAAUGCGCUAGGAGGCAAAGGGGCUGGAUUUGACGUGAAGGCACUAAGGGCUUUCCGUGUGCUGCGCCCCCUACGGCUGGUGUCCGGGGUCCCAAGUCUCCAGGUGGUCCUGAACUCUAUCAUCAAGGCCAUGGUCCCCUUGCUGCACAUUGCCCUGCUAGUAUUGUUUGUCAUCAUCAUCUAUGCCAUUAUCGGCCUAGAGCUCUUCAUGGGGAAGAUGCACAAGACGUGUUACAACCAGGAGGGCAUAGCAGAUGUCCCAGCAGAAGAUGAUCCUUCCCCUUGUGCUUUGGAGACGGGCCAUGGGCGACAGUGCCAGAACGGCACAGUGUGCAAGCCAGGGUGGGACGGACCCAAGCACGGCAUCACCAACUUUGACAAUUUUGCUUUCGCCAUGUUGACGGUGUUCCAGUGUAUCACCAUGGAGGGCUGGACUGACGUGCUGUACUGGGUCAAUGAUGCCGUAGGAAGGGACUGGCCCUGGAUCUAUUUUGUUACACUAAUCAUCAUAGGGUCAUUUUUUGUACUUAACUUGGUUCUCGGUGUUCUUAGCGGAGAGUUUUCCAAAGAGAGGGAGAAGGCCAAAGCUCGAGGAGAUUUCCAGAAGUUGCGGGAGAAGCAGCAGCUGGAAGAGGACCUCAAAGGCUACCUGGACUGGAUCACUCAGGCAGAAGACAUUGACCCUGAGAAUGAGGAUGAAGGCAUGGAUGAGGAGAAACCCCGAAACAUGAGCAUGCCCACAAGUGAGACGGAAUCUGUCAACACUGAAAACGUGGCUGGCGGUGACAUCGAGGGAGAAAACUGUGGGGCCAGGCUGGCCCACCGGAUCUCCAAGUCGAAAUUCAGCCGCUACUGGCGCCGGUGGAAUCGGUUCUGCAGGAGAAAGUGCCGUGCUGCUGUCAAGUCAAAUGUCUUCUACUGGCUUGUAAUCUUCCUGGUCUUCCUCAACACACUCACCAUCGCAUCUGAGCACUACAACCAGCCCCACUGGCUCACAGAAGUCCAAGACACAGCCAAUAAGGCCCUACUGGCCAUGUUCACUGCCGAGAUGCUACUGAAGAUGUACAGCCUGGGCCUGCAGGCCUAUUUCGUGUCCCUCUUCAACCGCUUUGAUUGCUUCAUUGUGUGUGGAGGCAUCCUGGAGACCAUCCUGGUGGAGACCAAGGUCAUGUCCCCCUUGGGCAUCUCUGUGUUGAGAUGUGUGCGGCUUCUGAGGAUAUUCAAGAUCACAAGGUACUGGAACUCCUUGAGCAACCUGGUGGCCUCCCUGCUGAACUCCGUGCGCUCCAUCGCCUCCCUGCUCCUGUUGCUCUUCCUCUUCAUCAUCAUCUUCUCCUUGCUGGGGAUGCAGCUGUUUGGAGGCAAGUUCAACUUCGAUGAGAUGCAGACCCGGCGGAGCACCUUUGACAACUUCCCCCAGUCUCUGCUCACGGUGUUCCAGAUCCUGACCGGGGAGGACUGGAAUUCGGUGAUGUAUGAUGGGAUCAUGGCUUAUGGCGGCCCCUCUUUUCCAGGGAUGUUAGUCUGUAUUUACUUCAUCAUCCUCUUCAUCUGUGGGAAUUAUAUCCUACUGAAUGUGUUCUUGGCCAUUGCUGUGGACAACCUGGCUGAUGCAGAGAGCCUUACGUCUGCCCAAAAGGAGGAAGAAGAAGAGAAGGAGAGAAAGAAGCUGGCCAGGACCGCCAGCCCCGAGAAGAAACAAGAGGUAGUAGGGAAGCCAGUUGUGGAGGAGGUCAAGGAGGAGAAAAUUGAACUGAAAUCCAUUACAGCUGAUGGGGAGUCCCCACCGACCACCAAGAUCAACAUGGACGACCUCCAACCCAAUGAGAGUGAGGAUAAGAGUCCCUACCCUAACCCGGAAACUACAGGCGAAGAAGAUGAGGAAGAGCCCGAGAUGCCUGUUGGCCCUCGCCCUCGGCCACUCUCUGAGCUGCACCUGAAGGAAAAGGCUGCGCCUAUGCCGGAAGCCAGUGCAUUUUUCAUCUUCAGCCCCAACAACAGGUUCCGCCUCCAGUGCCACCGUAUCGUCAAUGACACAAUCUUCACCAACCUCAUCCUCUUCUUCAUCCUGCUCAGCAGCAUCUCCCUGGCUGCCGAGGACCCGGUGCAGCACACCUCCUUCAGGAACCAUAUUCUGUUUUAUUUUGACAUUGUUUUUACUACCAUUUUCACCAUUGAAAUUGCCCUGAAGAUGACUGCCUAUGGGGCCUUCCUGCACAAGGGCUCCUUCUGCAGGAACUAUUUCAACAUCCUGGACCUGCUGGUGGUCAGCGUGUCCCUCAUCUCCUUCGGAAUCCAGUCCAGCGCAAUCAAUGUAGUGAAGAUCCUGCGGGUUCUGCGAGUGCUCAGACCACUGAGGGCCAUCAACAGGGCCAAGGGACUGAAGCACGUGGUUCAGUGCGUGUUCGUUGCCAUCCGAACCAUUGGGAACAUCGUGAUUGUCACGACGCUCUUGCAGUUCAUGUUCGCCUGCAUUGGAGUCCAGCUCUUCAAGGGCAAGCUCUACACCUGUUCAGACAGUUCCAAGCAAACUGAAGCUGAAUGCAAGGGUAACUACAUCACAUACAAAGAUGGAGAGGUUGACCAUCCCAUCGUCCAGCCCCGCAGCUGGGAGAACAGCAAGUUUGACUUCGACAAUGUCCUAGCAGCCAUGAUGGCCCUCUUCACCGUCUCCACCUUUGAGGGGUGGCCAGAGCUGCUGUACCGCUCCAUCGACUCCCACACGGAAGACAAAGGCCCCAUCUACAACUACCGUGUGGAAAUCUCCAUCUUCUUCAUCAUCUACAUCAUCAUCAUCGCCUUCUUCAUGAUGAACAUCUUCGUGGGUUUUGUCAUCGUCACCUUCCAGGAGCAGGGAGAGCAGGAGUACAAGAACUGUGAGCUGGACAAGAACCAGCGGCAAUGCGUGGAAUACGCCCUCAAGGCCCGGCCCCUGCGGAGGUACAUCCCCAAGAACCAGCACCAGUACAAAGUGUGGUAUGUGGUCAACUCCACCUACUUUGAGUACCUGAUGUUCGUCCUCAUCCUGCUCAACACCAUCUGCUUGGCCAUGCAGCACUAUGGCCAGAGCUGCCUGUUUAAAAUCGCCAUGAACAUCCUCAACAUGCUCUUCACUGGCCUCUUCACUGUGGAGAUGAUCCUGAAGCUUAUUGCCUUCAAACCCAAGCACUAUUUCUGUGAUGCAUGGAAUACAUUUGACGCCCUGAUUGUUGUGGGUAGCAUUGUUGAUAUAGCCAUCACCGAGGUACACCCAGCUGAACAUACCCAAUGCUCUCCCUCUAUGAGCGCAGAGGAGAAUUCCCGUAUCUCCAUCACCUUCUUCCGCCUCUUCCGGGUCAUGCGCCUGGUCAAGCUGCUGAGCCGCGGGGAGGGCAUCCGGACAUUGUUAUGGACCUUCAUCAAAUCCUUCCAGGCCCUGCCCUACGUGGCCCUGCUGAUCGUGAUGCUCUUCUUCAUCUACGCUGUGAUCGGGAUGCAGGUGUUUGGCAAAAUUGCCCUGAAUGAUACCACAGAAAUCAACCGGAACAACAACUUCCAGACCUUCCCUCAAGCUGUGCUGCUCCUCUUCAGGUGUGCCACGGGGGAAGCCUGGCAGGACAUCAUGCUGGCCUGCAUGCCAGGCAAGAAGUGUGCCCCUGAGUCUGAGCCCCACAACAGUACAGAAGGGGAGACGCCCUGUGGCAGCAGCUUCGCCGUCUUCUACUUCAUCAGCUUCUACAUGCUUUGUGCCUUCCUGAUCAUCAACCUCUUUGUAGCCGUCAUCAUGGACAACUUUGACUACCUGACAAGGGACUGGUCGAUCCUUGGUCCUCACCAUCUGGAUGAAUUUAAAAGAAUCUGGGCAGAGUAUGAUCCUGAAGCCAAGGGUCGCAUCAAACACUUGGAUGUGGUGACCCUCCUGCGGCGGAUUCAGCCCCCACUGGGCUUCGGGAAGCUGUGCCCUCACCGUGUGGCUUGCAAACGCCUGGUUUCCAUGAACAUGCCUCUGAACAGCGAUGGGACGGUCAUGUUCAAUGCCACCCUGUUUGCCCUGGUCAGGACAGCUCUGAGGAUCAAGACAGAAGGAAACCUGGAACAAGCCAAUGAGGAGCUGCGGGCCAUCAUCAAGAAGAUCUGGAAGCGCACCAGCAUGAAGCUGCUGGACCAAGUGGUGCCUCCCGCAGGCGAUGAUGAGGUCACAGUUGGCAAGUUUUACGCCACCUUCCUGAUCCAAGAAUACUUCCGGAAAUUCAAGAAGCGCAAAGAGCAGGGGCUGGUGGGCAAGCCCUCCCAGAGGAACGCCCUCUCCCUUCAGGCUGGCCUGCGCACUCUGCAUGAUAUUGGGCCCGAGAUCCGGCGGGCUAUCUCCGGAGACCUGACAGCGGAGGAAGAGCUGGACAAGGCAAUGAAGGAGGCUGUGUCUGCGGCCUCCGAAGAUGACAUCUUCAGGAGGGCCGGCGGCCUGUUCGGCAACCAUGUCACCUACUACCAAAGCGACAGCCGGAGCGCCUUCCCCCAGACAUUCACCACACAGCGCCCACUGCACAUCAGCAAGGCGGGCACCAACCAAGUGGACACUGAGUCGCCCUCCCACGAGAAACUGGUGGACUCCACUUUCACCCCCAGCAGCUACUCGUCCACUGGCUCCAAUGCCAACAUCAACAAUGCCAAUAACACCGCCCUCGGCCGUCUCCCUGGCCCUGCUGGCUACACCAGCAGUGUCAGUACCGUGGAAGGCCAUGGCCCCCCCUUGUCUCCUUCCCUCCGGGCACAGGAGAUGGCAUGGAAACUCAGCUCCAAUAGGUGCCACUCCCAGGAGAGCCAGCUAGCCAUAGUGUGUCAGGAUGCCACAUCCCAGGACGAGACGUACAACGUGAGCAUCCACGAGGACGCCGAGUACUGCAGCGAGCCCAGCCUGCUGUCCACAGAGAUGCUUUCCUACCAGGACGAUGAAAACCGACAACUGACAGCCCCGGAAGAAGACAGGCGGGACACAAGGCAGUCUCCAAAGAAGGGCUUCCUGCGCUCCGCAUCGCUAGGUCGAAGAGCUUCCUUUCACCUGGAAUGUCUGAAGCGACAGAAGAACCAAGGGGGGGACAUCUCUCAGAAGACAGUCCUGCCCUUGCACCUGGUCCAUCAUCAGGCAUUAGCAGUGGCGGGCCUAAGCCCUCUCCUGCAGAGAAGCCAUUCCCCGACCACCUCGCCCCGGCCCUGCACCACACCCCCCGCGACACCAGGCAGCCAUGGCUGGCCCCCACAGCCCAUCCCCACCCUGCGGCUGGAGGGCGCCGAGUCCAGCGAGAAGCUCAACAGCAGCUUCCCAUCCAUCCACUGCAGCUCCUGGGCUGGGGAGCCGAGCCCCUGCAGAGCGGGCAGCAGCAGCACCAUCCGGAAGGCCCGGCCUGUCUCGCUCACAGUGCCCAGCCAGGUUGGGACUCAGGGGAGGCAGUUCCAUGGCAGUGCCAGCAGCCUGGUGGAAGCGGUCUUGAUAUCAGAAGGACUGGGGCACUUUGCUCAAGAUCCCAAGUUCCUCCAGGUCACAACCCAGGAGCUGGCCGACGCCUGCGACCUGACCAUAGAGGAGAUGGAGAACGCGGCCGAUGACAUCCUCAGUGGGGGCGCCCGGCAGAGCCCCAACGGCACCCUCUUACCUUUUGUGAACCGCAGGGACCCGGGCCGGGACAGAAUGGGGCAGAGCGAACAGGACGCGAGCAAUGUGCGUGCCCCCCGGUGUGGGCAGAGCGAGGAGGGCCUCGCAGACCACAGCCUGUAAGGUGCAGGGGCCCGGGGGUGCGGGUAUUAUUAUUAAUUAUUAUUAUUAUUUUUGUCUCAA